AUGGCUCCCGCCGCCGCCGCGCUGCAGGCCCCGCCCCCUGACGACUACGCAGGCGCCGAGGCCCGCCAGGCCGCGACUAAAGCAACCCUCGCCCGCCGCGAGAUUUUGAGCACCCGUCCUCGCUACUGCCCGCAGUGCUCCGAGUUUGAGGGCGCCAGCCCCAACCGGCGCAGCCCCAGCGGCCCGGCAGACUGGCUGAGCCCGACUGAGAUCUACAAGGCUGCCAACCUCACUGUUUUUGCUAGCGACCGUCAACACCCGGAUCAGCCAGUGCAGCUGGAUUUUCACUUUGCCCGCGGCAGCCAGGGCGCCAGCCACUGGCAUGGUCUUCUGCAUGGACGCACUCUUUUCCUGGACACCCCUCGGCUGGCGCUGGACUUCAACAGCCGUGAAAGCUUGACCGCCACGCUGGAAUACACCGAAGAAAAAACCGACGCAGAGCAGGUGCUGGUGAACUUCCGAAAGACUCGGCGAGACCGAGGCGACUUGCUACGAGCUUUCGGCUUCUUGGGAUUCGAACUCGUGACCCCCGGCCAUCCCGGCCUGCCCCCCUGGGAAGACACCAUCUUCAUGGCUUACCCCCUGGAACGUGAUCUCGGCUGGAAUCCCCAACCCAAGCAGGAAGAUGCUGGUGGGGCCUAG